UUGCAGUAUUGUCACAGUUUGUGUGAUCAAAAUUGGGGUGCCUGGUAUAUGACGUGUUUAUGUUGGUUGUAGCAUAUGAUCACCGUUUGUGAACUACUUCCGACACGCUUAACAAUCACGCAAUUCAUUUAAAAAUUGCAGUAAUUUGCUUAACCAUGGCAAAAAAGUGGGUGUGACUCACUUAACAACUGCCUUAGCAAUGGAAAUUCUGGUCUCAAUUGUCGUAAGAUAAGGACUGCAUGCCAUAACUAUGAUGUGCUUCCAGGAAGGAACUGAAAAGCCUGAUCUGCCAUUAAGACAGAGUUUACCAGCCAUUGGCCUCGCAGACACUGGAACUAUGGUUUCCAGUAUCCUUUAAAUCAGAUAACUAACCAAGAUUGUCCGGCGUCUCUGGAACUAUGGUUUCCAGUAUCCUUUAAAUCAGAUAACUAACCAAGAUUGUCCGGCGUCUCAGAUGGAAGCUCCCCAAGCUUGUCAUCCUCUUGAAUCUGCACCUAGAAAAAUGGAAGUUCUUAUAUGGCUAUGUCAUUGUCUUUUCCAGGCUUGUGUCAUCCAUUGCACUAAGCAAAAUGUGGGUUGUUUGUGGUGACCUCAAUAAACUAGGGUUAACCAAAGUAUGGUUUGCUAGCUGGACGCCCAUGCUUUGCUAUGAAACUAUGUGAUCAGGCGUGAUAAAUUGACACUUAAAGCCUGAAACUUAAUGUAGAAUGUGUAACUGUGUAUUAUCAGAGUGUGUUAAUAUAAGGCAACUGGCAGUUGGAACAGAGUUCCUUUCAGGUGGGGAGGGGAAGUAGAACGUCUGACUCCUUAGCAUCAGAGUGUGUGAAUAUAAUACUGUAUAUGAAAUCCUAAUGAUCUGAUGAUCAUUUCAAAAAAUCCUUUUUUAGCAAGAACCUAGAAGCCAAGUGGAACAUACAUGCCAAUUUCAAGUUUGUAGGCUUUACCGUUCUGGAGAUUUCGUGAUGAUGCGUAAGCGGUAUUUGACUUUUAUAUAUAUAGAUUGGGAUGUGAGUGGAGGUCAUCAUAAUCUAACUGCAGACUGUGGAGACAGGAUUAGGGCAUUUUAGAGAUUUACUGAUUUGUUAUCAGGUUUUAUCGUAUGAAAAUCAAGUGAUCAUUGAAUGGCAAGAUUUUUCUGUUCUGAACUGGACAAACACAUUCAGCUUCUACUUUUCCAGGAACUUAAUUAUGAAUAAUAUACACAUUGUCAGCUUCCUGUGACAAUACAGACAAUUGAAAUCCCAUGAGUAAUACAAAAAGUACUUUCGGUGAUACAUUCUGCGUGGAUGUGGAAAAGAAAAGAAAGCAAACAUUGGCUAUUUGAUUUAUUUGUUGCUUUUUCUGGUAAUUCAGGCUUUCUUUAAAAUUUAAAGCAUCCUUUGGACUUAAGACAGUGAGGACUAAAGCUUUCCUGUUAAAGACCCUCUUAUUGGCCUAUUAGCCUUUCCUUACGUUUGGCAGAACCUGUUAAGAACAAUAAUAAUGCUCUCUAACUGCAAUAGCAGAACGGCGUAGAAAAAAGUCCAAAGUGACUCGAAAUAGGUAAAAUCCCAAAGGAGCAAAGUAUAUAAGAAGAAACACUACGGUGACACAAGCAAAAACAGCCCAAGGCAGGGUAAUCUACGAUCAGAAGAAUCUUAUUUCAUUUGAUCUCAGGUUGGCUGCCUAGGAUUGGUUGCAGCAAGGUGUGUUAAUUCCCUCCCCACUCUGCACACACCUGUCUGUAAACUGCAAAUGAGCGUGUGCACCCUGCAGGACAAAGAUUGAAUUUCUAGGACUUUAGAUGAGUUGGCAGCUGCACUUCAGAUACUGGCAUUUCUUCCAGCACCCUUCCAAAGGUACGUUACGGAUCUUUCGUCGUCUUUUUUUUUUUUUCUUUUUCUCUAGGAUCUUAACGCCAACUUUUCCCAAGAAAACAGGAAACUGCAAAGAUGACAUGAUCUGAACAAAUGUUACCGGCGGUGCCAGCCAAGAAAUUUAUACUGAUCCUGUGAGGGGAUAAUUAUUGAUAAACAUCAGGCAUCAGGGGGAAAAAAGCCUUUGCAUUUUCUUGAAUUCAUUGAACUGAUACAGCGAUUUUCUGAAUUUUCAAGAAUUCUUUGUGAUACUUGAGCAGCACAGAGGGGUCAUCGGAGGUGAUUUGUUUCUGAAAAAAUUGAAGCACAUCACUUGGUUCGAGAUGAGAUUGGCAGAACCGCGAUGAUCUAAGUAAAUUUCCAGGGGCUCUUUCUUACAAAGACCAAGAUCUGGAUCCAUCAUGUCUUUUCCUUACAAUGAUAUCAUUGAAAAUCCUGACUAUCCUGACUAUCACUAUUCCGAAACAUUGGAAAUCGACAAGUUAAGACCUUCUCAGAGGAGUACUCACAAUUCAGACAAUCCUUAUGCCCCAUUUGGGGAUGACAACAAGGAAGGAGAACCAGUUCUAAUACCCCUGAAGUUAGUACAGAAUCAAGAUGAGGCCGAAUACCCAGCAAGAGAUUAUGGGUUUGAGUUGCCCAGUACAAACCCAUAUGAAAAGGCAUAUGUUAAUCCUUCCUUUGAAUAUGAACCAGAAUCUGAAGAGAUAUUACCUACUAUCAGCCAUGCUUUUAAUAUUCAGGAUGCAGACAGUUAUUCAGAUGCAUCAGAGAGAGUUAAUAUUGUCCAGAGGCGUAGCAGGCGAUCCAAUUAUGCGACUUUUGCAAGGCCCAGCUUGCUUCGUUUAGACCCAGAAUAUAUAGAAGCAAAGAGAAGAGAAGAAGAAAAAUUAAUCAACGAUCUGUCAAGCAUGUCCACACAUGAAAGAGUGAAAGCAAUCCAGAAGAUUCCCAAAUCAAUGAAAGAAAAACGUGAGAUUAGGAACCGUGUUCUAACGGAAAGAAAAAAGAAAUCCUACAACCAGGAUGCUCAGCUUAAUAGUUGUACCCAGUGCUUCUACAACACAGCUUUGUUCUUCCGGCAGUUAAAGAACAGUUUCGUCGACUGCCUUCAGCUCUUCCAGUUUUGGCAGAAGGCACUCAAAGACAUUGGCAGCCAAUUUGGGACCAGCAUCCAUUCCUACUUUGUGUUCCUGACGUGGCUUCUCAUGUUCAACGUUUUCUCAUUCCUGAUCAACUUCAGUUUUCUUGCAAUUCCUCAACUCAUUGCAGCCCAACCGAAUCACCUUUCCUUCACGAGUCUGGAAUUUUUAACCGGAGCUGGUUACUUUACAAACACGGUGCUCUACAGCGGCUUUUAUACCAACGGUACAGUAGCAAAAAUUGAGAAUGCCUUGCCGUAUUACAUGCAGCUGGCUUACAUUUUCACAAUUGGGAUUUAUUUUAUCAUCUGCUUUCUGAGCUUGAUCUACAGCAUGGCGAAAUCCUUCCGUAACCACAUCGUUAUGCCUCAGAUGCACUCGGGAAACGCUGCCAAGCUUCUUUGCAUCUGGGACUUCAAUGUGGUGGAUGAGAAAGCUGUGCAGAUGAAUCAGAAAAAUAUCAGCACGCAGAUCAAGGAGACCCUUUCUGAAAUGCGUAUUGAAUCUCUGAAGCUUUCCCCGAAGCAAAGGAUUCUUCGCCUCUCGAUUCAUCUGGCCAUGUGGUUUCUCUCGUUGGGCUUCGCGGUGGCUUCAUGUGCUGGCAUUUACUUCUUUUCCCUUGUCAAUUUAGAGUUUUUUCUGAAUGAGGAAAACUCACAGUUGGAAAACGAAGCUGCCACGCUGAUCUUGCCUAUCGUGGUGAGCCUCCUUAACCACGUGAUGCCGUUCCUGUACUCCUUCUCCAGAUUGGUUGAAAAGUUCACCUAUCCCAGGCACCAGAUCUACACUGCUAUUAUCAGGAACGUCAUCCUGAAAAUAUCGAUCAUUGGAAUCCUCUGCUAUUACUGGCUCAACAUAGUAGCGCUAUCCAAAGUGGAGUGCUGGGAAACCUUCAUUGGCCAAGAUAUAUACCGGCUGCUUAUAGCAGACUUUGUCUGCUGCCUCCUCGGUUCAUUCUUUGGUGAAUUUCUACUAAGAAUUAUUGGCACGAAAUGCUGGAAAAAACUUGGAGUGCCAGAAUUCGAUAUUGCUCGAAACGUUUUGGAUUUGAUCUACGCUCAGACUUUGACAUGGAUUGGAAUCUUCUUCGCCCCUCUGCUUCCUGCCAUCCAGAUGAUAACGUUUUUCAUAAUAAUUUGUGUGAAAAAGAUCAGCCUGCUGCAGAACUGCCAGCCUCCACGCAAAGCUUGGCGAGGGUCCCAGAUGAACACAAUUUUUGUCUUCCUGCUCUUUUUCCCAUCUUUCACGGGAGUCCUCUCAGUCGUGGCCGUCACCGUCUGGAGACGGAAGCCUUCAGAAGUAUGUGGCCCUUUCCGAGGUCUAACAGCUCCCUUUGAAGCUAUCUCUGGCUGGAUCUCAGACUUGACUUCUUCCCCGAGCUCAGGAUGGGUAGUGUGGAUCUAUCACAACUUAAUUGAGAGCACCCAUUUCUUCUUCAUCCUUUCAAUCAUUGUGCUGAUGUUCAUAUACUUUUUCUUGCAAAUCAUCAAGGGACGAAAAACAAUGGUUAAACUGCUACAAGAGCAAAUUGCUAAUGCAGGCAAGGACAAAAUGUUUCUACUGAAUAAAUUACGGGCGCUUCAAGCUUCUAAGUUGCCAUCUUUGAGAAGGCAGCCGGAGAGGGACUUGUCUGUGAACCAGCUGCCUAAGGAGCAAAACUCUGUUUUGCUGCCCAGCUGUGUGGAGCCCUUUUUAUGGACCGAAGAUAAUGAGUCUUCUACUGAGUCUGUUAGACACCCUGCAAUGGCCACCUUUAAUCCUGAGGCUGGCGAAAUAACCCGGAAUCCUGGAGUAUCUGAUGCUCUGGUUUUGGCUUUGAGAGCCAGACAAGAGGCUGAAUGGGAAAUGGAAGAUGAAGAAAGCUUGAAGUGGAAGUAAAGAAUGAAGUAAUACACACGUCCCACCAAGCACUUUUUAUCUAUAAUUUUGCUAUUUGCACAAAUAAGGUAUUUGUAGGAACCGACAGAACUCUUAUAAAAAUGAGAAAUUUUUAAUAAAAUUACUGGGCAGUUUUA